AUGGAAGUUCUCAAGGAACUCCCCAAGUCGGGGCUGGACGCGCUUCGAAACAAAUUUCUUCUUCGUGAGCACGUGGGUGGAUUGACGGAGGAGGAGUUUGAGGAAGUGUUGCUCGGUGUGUGCGCCAGCCACAAGCAGGUCACCGCCCCCACGAACGCCACGGUGCGAAGAGUCUUCGCCAGCAUCGACAUCCUUGGACUUGGCCGGAUUUCAUGGGACGCGUUCUCCAUGUACGCCAUUGAUUCCCUGCGACAGCGCGGGUACCACCCGUUAACUGGGAGGGAGGCGGAGGCGGAGGUGGAGGAGGCGCCGUUUCACCCGUAUCAUGUGGAGCAGCUCAUGCGGAAGGUCCACGCGGGGUGCGUGCAGGAAAUGCGUGUGCUGCCCACGCUUGGGAAGGUGAUGGUCGUUACCACAGCGUCCGGCGGUCGUUGUAGCAUGAACCUCUGCGAGAUGGCGCAGAAUCUCCCCUUGUUUGGUAUCAUCCGCCUGGAGUCUGGUCAGCCGCUUGCGUGGGACUUUAUUCCGCAGACGGCGGGGGGUGGAUCGUGCAACAGCGUUGUCUGCUCUUACAAUGGGGGGGUCGUGCAAUUGUUUAGCACCGCAAGGAAAAGCUACACUCAUCGCUAUCUGGACAAAUCCUGGCAGAUGCCUCUCUCGGAUACUCAAAGCGCUCUUCACUGGGUUCCAAGCAUCAACCGCCUCGCGAUGGGUAGUCGUAGAGGCUUAGUGACGCUUUGGGAUAUGAAGGAUCGAUCGCCGGUGCUGCGCAAGCGACUUACUCGGCAGUACAUCACCUCAAUACAGAGUCAAAAGCAGCUGCUCUACGUGGCAAGUCUGGACUCCCGUGAGGCCGUUCGGUGCCUGGACCUCGAACAGAACGCUGUGAUGUACACAUUCAGUGACCACAGCAUAGGCGGUGCGACGCAGCUGUUGGUGGACGAUGAAUUUUUGUUUUCUAUCGGGUUUGAGCACGGCAUCGUGCAGCGACCGCUGGCACUUCCGAGGUCCGAGCCUGUAAUUCUGUGUGACCCUUCACUCCCGCACCAAGGCGGUAUUACUACCCUACAGCGUCUGAGUGGUACCCCGCUGCUGGUUUCGGGGGACGUGAAGGGAAAUCUGAAGUUCUGGGACCUGCGCAUGGGUAACUGCGUGCAGAGCAUUAGGGGCCGAAAGGCUUUCCGUGGCAGCGACAGUCACACACUCCCGGAUAUACAGUAUGGCGCCGCUGUGUACUCUGCAGCUCCUGUGCGUAGCAUUUGCUACCUUGAGUUCUUUGGAAAGCUGACUGUUGCAACCGCAAAGGAGCUUCUUGUUCUCACCGCGGAUGCCUCCCUUUGCCCGGCGCUCGUUGAUGACAGUCACAUUUGCCGCUCUGUUUUUUUUCCAAACCCGGAGUUUUUCCUCACUGUGCACAUCUUGUCCGUUAAACUGUGGUGCAUCACUACAGGCGCACUAGUCAGAUGCAGUGAACCGAAUAUUACAAGGUUUGAAGUCACGUCAUGCUGUUUGGUGGAGCCGCACAACCAGCAGCUGCUGUUGGGAACCAUGGGGGGUGAGUUGAAGGCUUUUUCUGUGUCACUGCUGCAGUUGACGGUGAAUCUGACGCCCGCCGUUCAACCCUACAUUCACGGUGCGGAGGUCACAGCUCUGCACCCGGUGGCGGGGUACCGCGGAGAGCGUAUACCAUAUGUGCUGGUUGGGACAACCUCUACUGUGCUUCUCGCACCGGUCUAUCCAGACUGCGGUCCAGAGGCCGUUAUCAACUUUCAAGGAAUUGUGAGGAGUUUCAUGCCUUGGAAGCAAACCAUCAGGGCGGUGGCGGUUACAGAAAGUUAUUUUAUUUUGGCGACGUCAGAUGCACGUGUGCAUUGUGUCAACUACCGCGGCAUCGUCUCUCUCACUCACACGUUUCACAUGUCAGUUGAUGUGGAGGCGAUUGUUGCAGUCCCCGCGCUCAUGUUGAGGCGGCCUCAGAAGGGCAUGACGUUGAAGGAACUUCAGUUUAACGAAGUCAUGAUCUUCUGCGUGGAUGUUGUAGGUCGUGUGCACAUCGCAACGAUGCGGCAAGGCCCCCCAAGGACGAGAGGCAGACAUGCAACGGGGCAGUGUGGGGAGCGCCACCCCCAGUUUUUUGGUGAGAUGAUUGGAAGUUGGCUCUCGCACAAGCCUGGCAGUUGGGUGGAGGGUGAAGUGGUGGAAGUGUUGCGGCAACAGGACCUUGGGCGUUUCCCCUUGCAAAAGAGGUCCUCUGUUGUUCUCAAUUGCAAAGGGGGUCUAUCCCAUUCAAUGAGGUCGGAGCUGGGAGGUGGCACGCUUGGCAUGCCUGCGCUAGAUACAGUGACAGGCUGCGCAGUUAGUAUCGUUCUCCUGGAGCAGUACAGUGUGCUGGUGACCGCAGAUGACGAGGGCACCGUGCGCCUAUGGGACGUCGGCAGUGCCGUGGCGCACUGCCUGGAUGAAGGCGUAGCGGAUGCCCCUGUGCUCAUCACCGUGUGGCGACGAAUAGACAGAGAAGUCAUCUUCUUUGGCGCUGCCAAACAUCCAACGUUGAACCUCCCGCUGCUGUUCACGGCGACGAAUGAUCUGCAGGUCACACUGUGGUCGGCGGACGGAUACGCGUUGGGGACGCUCUCGACUGGGCGCGAGGUGGACGAGGCCUCCGGCGGGCGCCGGUUUGGUCUGGUGCCGUACAGGUUGUUGUCAGCGGAUACAACCGAGGCUCUAUGGGCGAACUUUUUGGCGUACAUGGAGCAGGCGCACGCGGCGGAUGCGCAGCGUGUCAGUCGCCUGCGCACACGCCGAUGCUCGACGGUGGCCCCCAACGUUUUGCAUUGGGAGGACGCGUCGAUGGGGCAACCGCCCUCACAAGCAAACUUCUUACUUGGAAGGCGGGUGUCGCGAUCGUCUGUUAUAUUGCCUCAGUUGGGCCCUACGGCGUCCGCGGCCUUUUGCUGCACUUCGAAAGAGGGUGUUUGCACGCACAGCACUUUCACCCACCGCGACAAGGAGAAAAUUGACGACCCAGAGGAGCCCGGUAGCUCCAUUGUAAAGCCUAGCUACCAACGCCUCAUCACCCGCACUGUGGCGCCUUUCUCGCUCAGACGCACUGGCGGCGCCUUCCUCCCCCACUGA